CGGAGAGCGAUCCGAUUCCCUGGAGCCUCAUGAGCGGGCGCAAGCGCCGAAAAGCCGAUGUGGUGCCGCAGCUGGCAUCCAGCGCUGCCACGCUGGAGGGCUUUCACCAGGCCUUUGGCUGGCACCAGGUGCUCUUUGUGCCCAGGCGAGGUGCAUGCACCAAGCGUGGGAGAGUGGGGCUCGCCACCUUGCGGCGACUCUAUGCGGCCUAUCCUGCCGUGAUGCGCCGAGCAUUCAGCCUGGAGAGCGGGCGGCGGCCGGCGCCAGAGACUCUUCAGAAGCUCUUGGCUCAGAGGCCGCCCCCAGGUUCCUGGUAUGCCUCAUUUGUUUUGCAGCGCAGCAAGUGCGCCCUGGAGCAGUUCCUGGCGCAAGCACUGCCAGAGGGCGUGCCAAACUUCUUGAGGCCGAAUGGCAAGGCCAAGGCCAAGGCUCCUCGACAUUCCCGGGCUGCCUGGGUCUUCUUUGGCAGGAACAGUGGGCAGCGGGCCUUGCGAGGGCGGCCUGAGCACACUGAUGCCAUUCAGCACAGCGGUACAUGGCAUGUGCAGCUGAAGGGGGAGAAGGUCUGGACCUUGUCCCCCACAGCUGAGCUGCAGAAGCAGGUGCCAUCUCUGAAGGGUGCUGGCCGUGUGCGCGUGCACUGCAAGGAGGGCGAUGUCUUGUGUAUCAACACUCGACUCUGGUGGCACAAGACGCACAUACCUCCCAACUGCAAGCUGUCGAUGAGUGUUGCACGCGACAUGUACCUGGACGGCACUCGCCCUGGUGCCUGUGACAUGACCAACGUGGAAGGCCACUACGCGCUGAGACCCAUCCGAAAGGGUGCGGUCAUCUUCACAGAGGAGGAGGCUCCACAGCUGCAGCUGCCGAGGAGCUCUGAUGCCAACUGCGAGCUGCAGGAAAGCCAGAGCGGAGGGCUGGUGGUGGCGGCGAAGCGAGCGGUCAAGAAAGGCGAGUGGUUCUCUCUCAGUGACAGUGAGGAGGAGGCCCCACGCGCUCGCAAGCGGAAGCGCUGACGUGCGA